AAAUACAAACGAAAACACCAUCACCUCUUGGAUAUAAAGAGCAAGAAAAUUCUACCAAUCAUGUAACACUGAAGCGUAGCCACUCCCCCGGAAGUUGAGAUCUUCCACUGCGGCACCAACGUGAAACCGUAAAGGUGUGCAGUCAUGUGGCCUGUAGUUUGGACAGCCAUGCGGACCUACGCCCCAUAUGUCACCUUCCCCGUGGCUUUUGUGGUGGGAGCAGUGGGCUACCACCUGGAAUGGUUUAUCAGAGGGAACCCAAAACCUCGAGAGGAAGAGAAGAGCAUUCUUGAACUGAGGGAGGAAAGAAAACUGCAGGAACAGGUUGGGAUGGACGGAACUCAGGUCCUUAGCCUCAAGGAGAAACUGGAAUUUACGCCUAAAGCAGCUCUGAAUAGGAACCGUCCUGAGAAAAGCUAAUCCCUUCACAUGUGGAAAACAUUAUCACAAUGACAUGGAAGGGGGCUUUUUUUUAAUCAGACACAAAUAUUGCAUCAAACCUGUAUGCUUCAAACGAAGGACAGGUAUUGUGUUUUGAGCUGCAAAUAUGGCCAAAGGUAUUUGGACACUGGACAUGCUUGUGAAUCAAUAAAUUGUUGGACUCCAUUAGUUUCCCUUUAAUCUUUGGUCAAUGUUGUUCUAAAUUGUGCAGAAAUUUUUGGGAAAAGACCCUUCAUCCACCAUGACUGAAAGAAAGCUCAACAAAGCCUGCUUGGAUGUGUUCGGUUUGGGGAAAAAACUCAGCACCUUUUAGAUAUGACUUGUUUUCACAAUGGACAAAAAUUCUGACGUACUUUUCCUGAAAUAAUGUUCAAGAUAGCCUUAUUUUUAUUUUUGUGCACUGUAGCUUUUGUCAUAUUGCCUGUUUCUCUGUAACUUUCACCAAAGUAAAUAAUUUAUUUUACAGCGUAUCGGGAGAAAUCAUGACUUUUUUGAUGGUAUGCAGGCAAUCAACCAUGAGUGGGAGGUCUGCGGUGAAGAUUAAGCAGCUUAGUCUUGUUAUUUUGUGAAACGGCAACACUUUCAUUUUAGAAAGUUGUACACCACUUAGCACACUGACCCUUUGCCACUGUGUGUCACGUGGAAGUUGAUCGAACAAAGUGUAAAUUGUUGAACUGCAAGCUGUUGUUUAUAUCAAAAAAAAAAAAAAAACUUCUAGUUUGUCUUGAUUUUGAAGCAGCCAAAACAUUUAAUUUUCAACCAACCUUGCAAGAAUGUGCACCUUAAAAAAGUUAAUGUUACGUUGAAUGAAAGCAUUUAUGUAGACUAAACGUCUGUUGAAGACAACUUGGAAGACUAUCUAGGUCAACUUUCAUUUAAUGGAAGCGAGUCUGCAUUUUAUUUUAAUCAAGUCUUCAAAAUUUUCACUAAAUCCUUAGAUGUGAAACAGAUACUUCAAUAGGAAUACUUAAUGACUUUGAAGAUUGCUGUCAGAAAUGGUCUUUGGGAGACUUCAUAUUAGGCUUGCAGAGAAUGACAAUGUUGCAAACAUUUCCUGUUUUAAAUAAUGAAGGUUCAUGUCCUUCUAGCCCUCGGGUCUUUUUGCUAUGUAGUUAUCAAAUUUAGCUAUAUACAGUGGGGAGAACAAGUAUUUGAUACACUGCCGAUUUUGCUGGUUUUCCCACUUGCAAAGCAUGUAGAGGUCUGUAAUUUGUAUCAUAAGUUCUCUUCAACUGUGAGGGACGGAAUCUAAUACAAAAAAACAGAAAAUCACGUCUGAUUUUUAAAAAAUAAAUUUGCAUUUAAUUGCAUGAAAUAAGUAUUUGAUACAUCACAAAAAUCGAACUUAAUAUUUGGUACAGAAACCUUUGUUUGCUAUUACAGAUACCAAACGUUUCCUGUAGUCCUUGACAAGGUUUGCACACACUGCAGCAGGGAUUUUGGCCCACUCCUCCAUACAGAUCUUCUCCAGAGCCUUCAGGUUUCGGGGCUGCUGCCGGGCAACACGGACUUUCAGCUCCCUCCAUAGAUUUUCUAUCGGGUUCAGAUCUGGUGACUGGCUAAGCCACUCCAGGACCUUAAGAUGCUUCUUACAGAGCCACUCUUUAGUUGCCUUGGCUGUGUGCUUUGGGUCGUUGUCAUGCUGGAAGACCCAGCCACGAUCCAUCUUCAAGGCUCUCACUGAAGGAAGGAGGUUGUCAGCCAAGAUCUGGCGAUACAUAGCGCCAUCCAUCCUCCCCUCAAUACGGUGCAGUCGUCCUGUACUCUUGGCAGAGAAGCAGCCCCAAAAAAUGAUGUUUCCUCCUCCAUGUUUCACGGUUGGGAUGGUGUUCUUGGGGUUGUACUCAUCCUUCUUUUUCCUCCAAACACGACGAGCCGAGUUUAGACCAAAAAGUUCAAUUUUGGUCUCAUCCGACCACAUGACCUUCUCCUAUUGCUCCUCUGGAUCAUCCAGAUGGUCAGUGGCAAACGUCAGACGUGUCUGGACAUGCACUGGCUUCAGCAGCGGGACCUUGCGUGCGCUGUAGGAUUUUAAUCCAUGACGGCGUAAUGUGUUUCUGAUGGUUUUCUUCGAAACUGUGGUUCCAGCUCUCUUCAGGUCAUUGACCAGGUCCUGCCGUGUAGUUCUGGGCUGAUCCCUCACCUUCGUCAUGAUCAGUGAUGCCCCACGAGGUGAGAUCUUGCAUGGAGCCCCAGAACAAGGAAGAUUGACCGUCAACUUGAACUUCUUCCAUUUUCUAAUAAUCGCUCCAACAGUUGUUACCUUCUCACCAAGCUGCUUGCUUAUUUUCCUGUAGCCUAUCCCAGCCUUGUGCAGGUCUAUUAUUUUAUCCCUGAUGUCCUUACACAGCUCUUUGGUCUUGGCCAUUGUGGAGAGGUUGGAGUUUGUUUGUUUGAGCAUGUGAACAGGUGUCUUUUAUACAGGUAACAAGUUCAAAGGGAGGAGUUCUUAAAAAAGAAAUAAGAGCCGAAAUAUUUACUGGUUGGUAAUGUAUCAAAUACUUAUUUCAUGCAGUUAAAUACAAAUUUAUUAUUUAAAAAUUAUACAAUGUGAUUUUCUGGAUUUUUGUAUUGGAUUCCGUCCCUCACAGUUGAAGAGAACUUAUGAUACAAAUUACAGACCUCUACAUGGCUUGCAAGUGGGAAAACCAGCAAAAUUGGCAGUGUAUCAAAUACUUGUUCUCCCCACUGUAUAUCUAUGAGAAACAGUCAUGUUUGCUUUUUCUUUUACUUCCAGGAUAUGAAUGAUAUCAAACUGCUGGAGGUUAGUAGAAAGUAUGGAUGUGAGGCAUGACUCUGUAUCAAGAGGAAGAGGGAGUUUGUAUGUGUUUAGGUCCUUUUGGGAACAAUUAGGACAGGUAACAAUAGAACAACUCCUCCAAACUGGACAGCACUGUGGGAAUUGGACAGCAAGACUCCUGGGAAAGUAUAAGAGGGAUGUUGGGAGGCGUUGCAUUGUUCCUGCAAGGAUGAUGGUGAAUAAUGGGUGAUUCUGGAGGUUCCCUUUUUUUUUUUUUUUUUUUUCUCCAUGAUCUUUUGAAAGUGUCGCAGUGCAACAUCCUGAGCGGACAGGCGGGAAAGUGCUGCAGGAACAAUAGUGCUGUCUGCUCGUUGGAAUGGCAUCCCUUCAUAAACACACUUUUGCAUAGAAUACUGGAAAACAACAGGGAUUCUAUGUAAAUAUUUUAAAGAGUCCAAGUCAUUCAUUCAGCCAUGUUUGGGCUUUUGCUUUUAAUUGUGCAUUCCUUGUAAAAAAAUAUAUUAAAAUGUACACAAUGAAGUCGAAGGACUUGGAUAACAUAGUUGUAAAUUUUGCAUAGCCAAAAUGCAGCAGAGCUGUAUGAAAGGUGAAAAUUAAAAAUGUUUGUUGUUUUAGUAUUGGCCGAGUGUUGUUACUUAACUAGUGUGCGGUAGGCAAGUCCUCCUCUUGGCUUUAGAUGGGCAGCAUUGAACAAUGCAACCACUACCCAUUGUCAGGGUGAAUUUUCCUCUGCAGAACAGUCCCAAGAGAGAAACAAUAGUGGAAGAGGAAACAGGUACAGACCCACUUCCUGUCCAGAAUCUAAAUUUAGAGGAUGGUCAAAGCUAUGUUUUGUUUACGAGCAAAUUGCCCAAUCUGAGAACCGGCUACUUGAUAUUUUUAUGGAUACAGUGAGAAUCAUUGCCAUUGAGACAGUAUAGGGAGAAUGGGAAUUGGUACUUUUUAUCAACAAUAACAGUAAACCAUAAAAAUAAGGAUAAAAGAAGAACAAUCACUUACUGGUUCUCCCAAUUGACUCUGGAGUUUUUGGAGUUUUUCCUUGCCGGCAUGGAGGAUCUUAAGGAUAGGGGAUACCCAGGACUUGAACUGUAUCUAUUCAUUUUUGUUGCUUCAUUUCUGUAAAGCCCUUUGAGACAUUGUUGUUGUGAUUUAGGGCUAUACAAAUAAAAUUGAAUUGAAUUGAAUGGUAAUAACCUACGUUAAACUGUACAUUUUUAACUCAGUCACCUCAACUCCAUUGUCUACUCUUGCUAGCUCUGCUGGUUGCUUUUAUAACAUUUGCGCUUGAAUACCUUCUUGUGCUCAAUUUACUCAUCAUUUAUUUGUUGCAUUUUAUUUAAAUGCCUUUUAUUAAAAUGAUCUGGUAUUUUAUAGAGACGGAGCUAAGCUCCUUAUACAUUGUGAAAGGCUGAUGUCUUGAAGGGCCCCCACUCAAAUUUAUGAAGUCAUUUUUUUCUUGAGAGCAUCAUUGUUGGGCUUUCUCUUUAGGAUGUACUUAAGUGUGUUGCAAUUAUGGAAGUUGCUGAAUGUCCUUUGUUGAGGUAUGCGGCUUCAAAAAAAAAAAAAAAAAAAAACCUUGUCAUGCUAUGAGCAACACAGCUUACCAACAGAGUGAGGAAAUGUAUCAGCAAUGACUUCAACAAUCUCAGGAAACUCUGUCACAAUGGGAGUCAAUCCCAAAUGGAUUUCAUUGGUAUUAGUAUGGUAUGGGUGACCUAUCACAUCUUCCCACACAGGAAGGAUUAAGGAUUCUAAUUUUCUGGGACUUUUAUGCAAAAAUCAAUUGCAAUCAUAGUAAAAGAUGAUCACACUUCAUUUUCACACUCGGCAGGCAGCUGGAAAGAUAAUACUGGUCGACCCCUGCAAUCUGUUGAAUGCCCCCUCCUAUUGCCAGCACCUCCCUCUUUGGCCUGGUAAAAACACCCAGAUUAACAAUGACGGGAUAGUGCCCAGCACACAUGGACCCGCCCACCUGGACUCAGAUAAUAGGACUAUACAGGAAUGCCAGCCAAGUUUUACUGAAUAGGCUUGGAAACAGGCAGCUUUGGAAAAUUGACUUGAAUUGUUAUCUGGAACAAUAUAUGCCCCACGUCAGUGCCUGAACAUAGUAAAAGUUCCUCUUUGAGGAUGGUCUUCCUAUUAUUGUAUAAUUAUUAUUUCCAUUCGUUGUAACUUCAGUGAAAUAAAUGCCAAGAAACUCAAGUACAAUGCCCAACAUCCAUCACAAGCAAACUGUACACCUUCAAAACUCAUAUUUAGAAAAGAAUUUGAGUGGAAAAUUGUCUACGUUGCGGUUAUUUGACAUAAGUCAAUCAUUUCGUCAAGCAUAAUUUUGAUUUCAUGACAAACCAGGUCAGAAUGUACUUCUGAGGACAAGGGCUAUACAAAAUGGAGUCCAUCCUACAUACCUGCGGUCACUUACAACAUACCUUUGGCAAAGCUGUAGUCUUGGCUUUUCUUAGUUGCUUUCCAUCUAUACAGUGUUAACAACAAGACCUCCGAGUGGGAUUUUAAACCGAGCCAGGAAAAAGAGUGCUUUACCUCCUACAUUGUACCAUAUAAUUGGUCGCCGUUACUCCCUGUGCUGGAGAAAUGGGACAUCAAAAGAGCAUACACAGUUUAUCUUUCCUUUAUUUUACUUAAUGCAAUAAAUAUUAACAUGUUUCGUAUAAAUACAUACUUCAUUGAUUUUUGCAUCACCUGUACCACCUUUAGUCCAAGUUUGAAGAAUCACUUUUAAGCUUAUUUUCCAACUGGAUGCUCGUGAAUGGUCCUUUGAUUCAAUAUAGAUUUUUUUUUUUUUUUUUAAUUGAAGUGAGCACUUUAAAGUCAUGAGAAUUUUAUAAAUGGAUGGGUUUGGUCCCCAUUUGUUUAUCAAGCCCUUUAAACCCUAAGACAAGUGACCAACUCUGACUGUGUGAAAUAAAAAGCAUACAGUUCGUGUGUGUGCAUGCAUGUGUGCCUCUUGGGAAGAGAACUGAAACAAGAGCAUUCCAUUGUGCGGACUGAGAGGAGCUCCAGGGAUGACUGUGUGGAACUAAAAGGAAUGUAUUUAUUUACAACUGAUAAAAUACUGCUCUCUUAAAUGCUCACAAGACAUUGUUUUUCACUUACAUAUUCAAGCUUUUUAAUGAAACAAGAAAGUCUCUCAUGACCGAAAAGUAUAAAUUUCAGUUGCCAUGGGGAGCGUUCUCCAAAAUGGGUCUGUUAUCAAGCCAAUGUUUGUCUGAAGUGUGUUGCUGCCUCUGAGGCAUUGGGUUCACAGUACAACUCUUGUCUUUUAUAUGAGCUUUUAUGUGGCACCUCGUUUACUCCAGUGUCAUGUGCAAAGAAGCAUGUUAGAAAGAUAACAAAAUGAUUUUCAUCAAGCCUCAGUCAGACAUAGUGCUUCUGUUUUGCAAUUCCCCUAUGAUUGUUCUUGGUCUUUGCUCCGUAGUGGUUCCUAGGUGAACGUGAUGUCCUCAUAGCCUCCAUGCAGUUCGUAUAGCUAGGAAGCACAUCACUCCCUCCCUCUGCAGGUUCCCAGUUGACUGCUAUGGCUAGAUUGCCAUAGCUUUCACAGGGGUUCGUGAAGCCUGUAGCCUCACUUGGCACUGGUAGGCUGCCAUUGUAAGACUCUUGUGUUUCUUCCCGUGUCCGCGGGGCUUCCGAACGGGCCACCGUACCUGCCUGUUCUAGCUGUGGUAAAUACACCUGACCCUGGGAGCUGUACUGUUUCCUCAGUCGCUGUGAAAUUGCUAGCUGAAGAAGGUGUAGGAGCUCAAAGAGGUUGAGCAGCAAGGAAACAGCUGCGAUGGCCUGAGUGUAGAUGGUGAAGAUGGUCUUCUCUGUAGGUCGAGAGACAAAGCAGUCCACUGUAUGAGGGCAUGGGAAGCCCACACACUCAAACUUUGCUUCAACUAGGAAGCCAUCAUAAAGGAACCACAACCCCAGGAUGAAGCCGACUUCUAGCAGAACUUUUAGAAGGAUGCUGAAUGUGUACGCGCAUAACAACCUUCCUUUCAGUUUUGGAGCUUCGGGUGGACUCCUCUCAACUAUGCUUCCUUUUCUUGCAGCCCCCUCUUUUUGAUUUGUCUUUUCUUUAUCCCUUUCUGUUACAACCCCUAUCCUACCUCCACCACCUUCUUCUACCUGCCUGCUUUCAUUUUUUCCAACUUCUUCCUUCCCAGACCGUAUAGCCACGUAUCCAAAAUAGAAGAUGGUUGGCGUGGAGACGAAAAUGACUUGGAGGACAAAGUAGCGAAAAUGGGAGAUGGGGAAGGCUUUGUCGUAGCAAACUGCCGUACAACCUGGUUGUCGUGUGUUACAGAUGAAGUCCGCUUGCUCGUCGUCCCAGGCAGACUCGACUGCUGUGCCGAGCACCAACAUACGAAACAGGAAGAGAACAGUUAGCCAGACACGACCAAUGCCAGUCGAAUACUCCUGGCCCUCCUCCAGCAGGUGCUCCAGAAAGGACCAGUCAGCUCUGGACAUCCUCUGCUCCUUUAAAAACCACAAAGACAAAAAGAAUAUAGUGUGGAAUGCUUUUAAUGGACUCUCGUUGAAAUAGUUUGAAUUCGAGCCUCCAUCAUGCUUCUUGAGGAGAUGAACCAUAGCGGAGGACUUCAUAUACAGUAGUUUUUUCCUUUGUAAUCACUGCCUGAGUUUUAACCAUGUAGCUGUACAGUUGUCUUUUGUGGUACUACAGUAAUUUUCUGCAGGUUUAACUUUGUUUUGCUUUUCACAAACUGACUCAUUUUUUCAAAUACUUUGUCUAAUCCUAACUUUUUUAGUUUUAAUUUCUCAUACUUGCACAAAACCGCUUAUGUUCAUCAUUUCCCUCCGACUAUACAAGUUCUCUUAUUUUUACUGCGAAAAAAUUAGCCAGGUUGAACCAAAACAAAUGCCCAAUAAAAAACAACUCUUUAUUUCUCUUUAAUAGUAAGGUCUUUGUGUUCAAAUUGGACACAGCAACUGCUGCUCUCAAGCAUAAUUUGAUUCCAGGCAUUAUAACUGUCGAAAAUUACCCACCUCUGCUUUUAUACCUGCAUUUUUACAAAGAACAACACUUAACACCUAACUGGUAUUUGAUUUCAGCACUGGGUGUUUUACAAGCACACAACUAAUGCAUACGUGCGCAAUUAUGUAGAUUUAUUAAUGUUUCAGUUAAGUAAUAUACUCCCACUAAGCUCCUGCUCAUUUUUUUCCUCUCAAUAUUAUUUGGCUUUGCCCCCUAUUGCUUCUUCCACGAACUUAGUGUUAUUACAAUGGGCUUCAAAACAAGACCUUUACACACAUGCACGUACGCACACAUGCAAUUGUGCUGUCCUUCAUUGUCAAAAUUUAACAUGAAAUAUAUUAAAUAAUCAUUUAAAACAUUUCCAACAUUGUUAAUAAUCGAAAUAAGAACAAAUCAGUGCUUUAAUAUAAUCCUUCAAUUAGUUACAUAUAAUUGCCAUAAUUUCACGGGCAGCGGAUGGGGGUCGUUUGAAGUGUUUAAUGGUAAUGACACAGUAGUGUGUCGAGAAGUGACACACACACACACUCACAAACACGCAAUCUGAGUAAACAUCCUGUGUGGGAGAUUGGGAUACCGCUGUGAUACUUGUUGACUUAUUUAGACUACUUUGUUUUUCUGUUAGUUCAGCCCUUCCAAAAAAGGAAAACAUCAAUGGGGGCAAAAUAAUUCCCAUAUAAAGUAAAUACACACUCACUUGGACAGUGUGAAACAAAGGAAGGUGUCCUUGUUCAAACACAUAUUCCUCUUAUUUGCUGUUUAACAAGAAUGCACAUUUUUUUUUGUAAAUUUUGAAUAUGUACAUAUAUAUAUUAAAAAAAAAAAAAAAUCAAAGUGAGGGGCAUAAUAACUGGAAAUCAACAACAUUUACGUAAUUAAAUAUGCAAAAGCACUACAAAAAUAAUAACAAUUUUAAAAUAUUAGUGCAAUAAAAUUUAUUAAAUUGGGGGGGGGAAAUGUAAUAAUUAUCCGUAAUCGCCGGAGUAUUUCAUUGACUUUAAAUACACAAUAGCACAAAAUAUUUUAUAAAUUAUUAGGGAUGCAAUUGAAGAAACUGUAAUCCAAACGGAAAAAUAUUUAAGGCUACAGACGAGCUCAAUUUUAGAACUGACCCCAAAAAUAGAGUACAAUUUGAACUCAGAAUUAUUUAUAUUUUCUGUCAGUUUGUUUUACUUUUAAGCUAAACAAAUAUGAUAUAUUUUCAUAUUUAAAGCAUGUCAAACAGCUUCUACCUUUCUCUCUCGUGGAACGUCUAUGUCUCCAGCUCUCUCCCUGUAUGUUCCUCUGAAUCGUAUUCGCCUUCUUUAAAAAGAUUCCGUGUCAUCGGAAAAAUAAAGUGAAGAGAACUUUCCCAUGCUUCCGAGUUCACUUUGGCCCUCCCUCAGGAACCUUCUGCAGGAAAUGGGAUGGAGCAACUCUUCAGUCUUGGUCCGUCAUUUGAGUUCCAAAUUGGAGCACAUAUUUAUUUAUUUUAACGUCAUGCUACUUUAACGCGCGUGUCAUAUCAAUGAAUUGAGAAUUUGAGGUCAGGAGAACUUUUUCAUAGUGGGGCUUGGGUUGGGGUUUUACAACCCCCCCCCUCCCCCCCUACCAUGAAAAGGUUUUCUUGUAAAUGUAUUUGUACAAUGAGAAUACCGUAUCCUUCAGCCAGCAAUAAAAUUAUUUACUUGAUUGCCCUCAUUUAUCAAAAUACGUGACGUAGAAGCUUGGGGUAACUUUCCAACAUGCCACACAGGGGCGCCAGUGACCAAAACACAGGUUCUGCAAAGCCAAGUUUCAUACAAAAUGAAUUAUUUUGUAUGUUUUGCAGCAAUAGUUUUUUUUUUUAUUGACCUGUUAAAGUUUAUACCAGCAAGCACCACAAAAUCCUUCUUAUCGUUAUUAUGCACAGUUUUAACCUGAACCCACCCAGAGAGACCGACACACACAAGAAUAUUAUAGGGAGUAGUUAAUCUUGCAUUGCAAAUAAUUUGAUGUUAUUGCUUUACUGUUGUGUCUUUAAAGCAUAAAUCGACACUUAGUAUAAAUGACAUCCAUAAAAAAAAGAAAAAUUACUCAAAGUAUUUUGGCAUGCGAAUUGCGAAUUUCUUAAAACUCUGAUGAUGGAAUAAUGUUUAAACACACACAAAAAAACGUCACCUCUUACGGGCGCAGCCAUUUUGUAAUGUCAGCUAUCCCUGCACACAAAAACAAGAAUAAAAUGGAGCAAAGGUGCGUGUGAUAAUGGGUAUUAAUGUAACAAAAAGGGCAGGUAAUUUGGGAUACUUGCAUUUGAUUGCUUGAAAUUGUACCAUGUUGGUAAAAUGUCUGCCCCUAUGUUUGAUGGACACUUCCUGGAAAUACUGGCUUUUGUGUAUGUUUUUCCACUGUUAUACAUAAAAAAAUGAAAGUUGAUAUACAUAUAUUUUCCAUUAAGUAAUCAAGAGUCCUCUCAGAUGGACAUGAUAAAGGUGUUUUUUCCCCUUAAUAUGUUACUUUACUGUUAUUACAUACACUGUUGGUCAAAAGUAUUGGCACUCCCGCAAUUCUGUCAGAUAAUGUUCAAUUUCUCCCAGAAAAUGAUUGCAAUGACAAAUGCUUUGGUAGUAAUAUCUUCAUUCAUUUUCCUUGCAAUGACAAAACAGAAAGAGGAAAAAAAUUCAAUCAUUAUCAUUUUACACAAAACUCAAAAAGUGAGCCAGACAAAAUUCUUGGCACCCUUUGAAAAAUCGUGAUGCUUCUCUAAUUUGUGUACCUGUGGCACAUGUGGUGGUGGCAAUAACUAAAUCACACUUGCAGCCAGUUAAAAUGGAUUAAAGUUGACUCAACCUUUGUCCUGUGUCCUUGUGUGUACCACAUUGAGCAUGGAGAAAAGAAGACCAAAGAACUGUCUGAGGACUUGAGAAGCAAAAUUGUGAGGAAGCAUGGGCAAUCUCAAGGCUACAAGUCCAUCUCCAAAGACCUGAAUGCUCCUGUGUCUACUGUGCCUUGUGUCAUCAAUAAGUGUAAAGCCCAUGGAACUGUGGCUAACCUUCCUAGAUGUGGAUGGGGAAGAAAAAUUGACAACAGAUUUCAACGAAAGAUUGUGCGGAUGGUGGAUAAAGAACCUCAACUAACAUCCAAACAACUUCUAGCUGUCCUGGCGUCCGAGGGUACAACAUUGUCAAUUCAUACUAUCCGUCGACGUCUAAAUGGAAAGGGACUCUAUGGUCUAUGGCAGGGGUUCCCAACCUAUUCCACUAAGGCACACUGUGGGUGCAGGAUUUCAUUCUUACCAAACAAGAUGACAACACUUUUUCCCCAAUCUGGUGUUUUACAAGUGCAAUCAGUUGAUUGCAGUCAGGUGUGGCUUGUUUUAGCAGAAGCCUCAUUGGUUCAACUGUCUCUGCUGGAUCGGCUGGAACAAAAACCAGGACCCACAGUGUGCCUUGAGGACUGGGUUGAAAACCCCUGGUCUAUGGUAAUACCCAG